GGCCAGUGGCAAUAUGUGUUGGGGGGGUGGGGUUAACACUGUUGCUGGCCACCGUAGUGGCAUCCGCAAACUUCAUGGGGAAGUUAAAAUUGUGCAUUGUGCAGUAGUGUUCUCAGCAGGGUGAAGAGGAGGGGGCUCAAAACACAUCCUUGGGGGCCCCCAUAUUCAGGGAUGGUUCUGGAUGUGUUGCUGCCAACCCAUACUGCCUGUGGUCUCCUGGUCAGGAAGUCCAGCAGCCAGUGGCACAGCAAGGUGUUGAGCCCCAGCCUCAGCCUUAGUUUGUAGAUCAGCUGUUGGGGGCUGAUUGUGUUGAGGGCAGUGGACAUGGCGGCGUUGGUUGAUCGUUUGGACCGAUAUGCAAACUGAAACGGGUCCAGGUAAUGAGCGGAGGGGAGACUUGAUGUGGUGCAUGACUAGCAGCUCGAAGCACUUCAUCAGGACGGGAGCUAGUGCUAGCGGACAGUAAUCACUGAAGCAGGAGGAAGACGACUUCUUUGGGACCGGGAUCAUGGUGGUGGCUUUGAAGCACGUGAGGACAACAGCCAGCAUCAGUGAGGUGUUGAAGAUGUCCGUGAAGACACACAGCCACGCUGACCCAGAAGCAUUUGAUCUGGAAAAUGAAAGGGCAUUAUUGCACAGCCAUGAGUCGGCAACUUAAAUCAGUGAAGGGUUUUGUAAUCGUCUUCUGUUUAACGUUGACCUGUCUUGGUGUAAUUAACUAUACAAGAUAUUUGAAAUUUCACACUGAGAUGGUGGGCAGUGAGUCAAUCACAGUCCUGGAGAAAUAUUUGUACAACACACUUAAAGGAUAUAAACCAUCUGCUGUCCCUCUGAAGAUCCUGACAACGACCAAGGAAGUGCUGAAAAAGCCAGUUUCGAUGAAAAGCAAUUUGGAUGACACGCUUAACUUUGGGGCCCGACCAGCUGUUGAAACCCAGACUUCUUGGAAAGCUCCCAUCAUAUGGGAGGGGUUGUUUGAUCCAAAGGCUUAUGAUGAAAAGCACACCCAUGAAAAGACAGCUGUGGCUCUCACCGUGUUUGCAGUGGGAAGGUACCUGGACGCCUACCUAAGUACUUUCCUUACCUCUGCAGAAAAACACUUCAUGUUGGGGUUGCCGGUGACAUAUUACGUGUUCACAGAUUUGCCAGACAAGGUGCCAAACAUCACGGUUGCACCUCAGCGAAGUGUGAAGGUCAUCAAGGUAGAGAAGCACACAAGGUGGCAGGACAUCUCUAUGAUGCGCAUGAAGACGAUAUCAGACGUAAUAGAGUCAGACCUCCGCCACAAAUUCCAGUACAUCUUCUGCUUUGACGUGGAUCAGGAGUUUAAAGACAGAUUUGGCUCAGAGGCUCUUGGGGAGUCUGUGGCUUUGCUCCAUGCCCACUAUUACAAGCUGCCAAAAUACAGGUUCACCUAUGACAAAAACCCCAAAUCCAAAGCCUACAUGGAAGUCGGAGAUUACUACUACCAUGCUGCCAUCUUUGGGGGAUCAUGGCAAAAUGUGAAGGAUUUGGCAGACACCUGCUAUCAGAGCAUCAUGGACGAUAAACAAAACGAUGUGGAGGCUCUGUGGCAUGAUGAGAGUCACCUAAACAAGUACUUUUGGGUGAAGAAACCCAGCAGGCUGCUCUCCCCUGAGUACUGCUGGGAUCCGAUAAUAGGUGACAAGAGUGACAUACACGUCACCCGCCUAGUAUGGGCACCAAAACAGUAUGAAGCACUUCGUACGAAUUAGAGAUGGUAGAUGGAAAACUGAAAGACUGUUUGUACUGUAAUUGGGUUCUUAACUUGAUAUGGACCAGUGGAAUAAUUUUUUAUUGGGAUCUUACCUUGUCGGGGCCAGCGGAAUAACCCUUCCAACUCAGGUACUUUUUUUUCAAAACUUUUUCAAAAAGUUAACUUAUUCUUAUGCUGAAGAAUGAAGGAUUGCAUGUAAUGGUUGCAUAUAUAUAUAUAUAUAUAUAUAGUAGGUUCAUAUCUAUCAUGUCAUAUCUAUAUGUUAUAUUGUUCAGACAAACCAGAAUCAACGAAGCUGUCACACCACCAAACACACCUCUCUGAGACAUAAGAAUUUGUUAAAAGUCAUGACAGUCCUCAGGAGACCAACUGGAAAGUUAUCAUCAAGUGUGAUAAUCAGUGAGUCUCAGCUAUUUCCUUUGUUUCUUUUCAUUGGUGGCCCUGCCCAACUGGGCAUUGGUAUACAGGAAAAACCUUAAAAUAAAUGACCCAGCCUUGAAAAAAAGAAGAGCUAGAAAACAAACGUGAGGACAGGGUUGAUGUGGAAUAUGCAAAGCACUCAGCUUGAAAGUGAAACCAAAGCUCCCUAGAAGUUUUCAACUUCUCUAUAGGCCUGCGUAGAAUUUGCCACCAAUGAAAGAACACUUUGAAAAUCAUAGGAAGGUGUGUUAUGUUACACAUUGUAAGUGAGAAUUCUACAGUUAGCUUAAUAUAUCUUACAAAAUACAAAAAUUGGGGUGUGGGGUGUGUCACUGGGAAAUGCGAACUGUAUCCUUUUGUAAUUUUCUUCAACUUUACACAACUAAAGAAUGUAUUAUUUCCAACGCACAAGAUUUUUAUUAAAUAUUUAUGAGCCAAAACAUUAUGCCUAGCAUGGCGUUACUGUUGGCGGAGUACUGUGGCAUUUAGAACAUGCGCUAGAGUCAUGUUGACUAUCACUCUCAGGUGUUUACGUUAGGCCACGACCGCUGUGUUCCAACCAAAUGCCAACAAGAACCAUGUUAGACAGGACUGUAGACUGACCUUAGGAGAGGAAAAUGGUGCCAUGUAAUAUUGCGAAACAUAGCUCUGACUCCAAGACUGCAGGUAGAGUGGCACUGUCAUAUGUAGUCCUGAACCUCAUACAUAUUUUUGCCCCAGAAGUCCUUGGAUUGAAGAGUUAAGCAGAAUUAACGUGUCUAUUUCUGCUUCAUCUGCGUCAUCUAACAUCUGCGUCAUCAUUUCGACUUUCUUACAGAGACAUGACUGAGUAGGAGAAUCCAAAGCUUAUGAAAAUAACUUUUUGAUUUUCUUACUAAGAUAAUUUCUUACCAUCUGAAAGGAAAACGUUAUAGAUUUUCUUUAUAUUGGUUCAUAGUUGUUGGUAUUAAAAGUGGGGGGAAAACACGUGGUGUAAACUGUUUUGCUAAACUGUCUGUUUUUACUUUAUUGCAUUGUUGUUUUGAUCGGGUAAAAUGAAAUCAAUAAAAUGAGGAGGUGUUGAA